AUGAUCACCACCUUCGAAUUGGCCUCCGCCGAUAUUUGGCGCGACGCUACGGACGGGACAGUCGUAGAAGCUCUCCAACGCCUCGUUAUUCUUAGCGCCAAGGGUGUACCGAAUCUAAAGAAUGUCGAGCGUAUCAUGGCAGCUAUGAAAGCAUCGAUAUCCCUCCUCAAGGUGCGCGCUGCAACAGCAGAGACUCUCUACUUGACUUUGCAGGAGCUCGAGAUCGAUGAGGACGAGGAGCUUGAUGAGCUGUUAACUUCGGUGGACUGGACUUCUGAGGAAGCCAAGGCCUCAGUCAGUCCACUUGUGGAACGCUUGAAACAAGUCUUCUGCUAG